AUGACUCAGUUUGCCGAGGUUCUGGCGGAAAUAGGCAACUUUGGUCGUUUCCAGGUACUGCUGAUGGUCCUGAUGGGCAUUCCAAACUUCCUGUCAGCCUUUUUCAUUUUCAGCCAGCUCUUCAUGGUCCUGGAGGAGGCCCACCACUGCUCAGUGCCCUGGGUCAGGAACCAAACUUGGAACCUGAGUGCUACCCAGCAGCUGGCCCUGAGCGUGCCCAACGACACCACAGGCAGACCCGAGUCCUGCCUCAUGUUCCGGCCACCUCCCGAAGGUGCCAGCCUGGAGGACAUCCUCAGCCACCGCUUCAAUGAGACCCAGCCUUGCCAGACGGGCUGGGAGUAUCCUGAGUCCAGGCCCCUGUCCUUAGUGAAUGAGUUUGACCUGGUGUGUGACCGGAAAUACCUGAAGGAGACCUCACAGUCAGUGAACAUGGCUGGACUCCUUGUGGGGGCCCUUGUCUUUGGGCCCGUCUGUGACUGGAUUGGCCGCAGAGCCUCCCUCCUGGUGCAGCUGCUUCUGUCGGGCAUCAUGGGUCUAGCCACGGCCUUCGUGCCCAGCUUGGAGCUCUACAUGGCCCUGCGCUUUGCUUCGGCUUUUGCUGUCUCUGGAUACAUGUUAACUACCACAACAUUCAUUUCAGAAUGGGUGGGGCCCUCCCGGAGGACUUGGGCCAUAAUCUUGGUCCAUCUCAACUUUGCCAUUGGGCAGAUGGUCCUAGCAGGACUGGCCUUUGGUGUCCGUAACUGGAGAUUCUUUCAGAUGGCCGGCACGGCACCCGUCUUCCUGCUCUUCUUCUACUUCUGGGUCUUGCCAGAGUCUCCACGGUGGCUCCUCUCCCAAGGGAGGGUAGAGGAGGCCAAAAAACUGGUCCAAAAGGCAGCCUCCAUGAACAGACGGCAGCUCUCUCCAGAGCUCCUGAGCCAGCUGGCCUCAGAUAAGACAGGCCCCUCAGGGAAUGCCUUGGAUCUUUUCAGACACCCUCAGCUCCGGAAGGUGACCCUGAUUCUUAUGGCUGUGUGGUUUGGGGACAGUAUAGGGUACUAUGGCUUUGGCUUCCAAGUGGGGGACUUCGGCCUGGAUAUCUACGUGACGCAGGUAAUAUUUGGAGCAGUUGAGGUGCCUGCCCGCCUUUCUAGCAUCUUCCUGAUGGAGAGACUGGGCCGCAAGUGGAGCCAGCUGGGGAGUCUGACUUUGGGGGGCCUCAUGUGUAUUGCCAUCAUCUUCGUCCCAGCAGACCUUUCCGUGGUGGUCACCGUGCUGGCCGUCUUGGGGAAGUUUGCCAUGUCGGCCUCUUUCGGCAUCACGUACGUGUACACCGCUGAGCUCUUCCCCACCGUCAUCAGGCAAACGGGCAUGGGGCUGGUGAGCAUCUUCGCCAGAAUUGGGGGCAUCAUCACACCUCUAGUGAUCCUGCUGGGGCAGUACCACCCCACCAUCCCUAUGGUCAUCUUGGGCAGCCUCCCUAUCGGGGCAGGCCUGCUCUGUGCUCUCCUGCCGGAGACGCGGGGCCAGACCCUGAAGGACUCCGUCCAGGACCUGGAGCCGGGGCCACGUCCGCAGUCCCCAAAGUCAGUAUGUCCAGGAAAAGAAAUGACUACCACACAAGGAACUCCCAGUGCCAGUGUGACCACUGGGAAAAGCUCAUACCUCUGACAGUGGUCACUGUGAGCCAGCCGGUCACCAGCAGUGAGCUACCCACCCCGUCUCCUCGCACUGGUUGCGCCGGGUUCAAGGACAAGCCUCGCCUGGCUCAUGGAUGUGGCACUCGGUGAUCUGGCCCCGGACCCGCUCCCCACACUAUGGAAGUCAAUCCUGAAAACAGCUGGGAUAGGACUUCUCUUCCUCCUUCACCUGGCUCACCCCUGGAUUGCACUCCAACGCCAUGGCUGAUUUAGGUGCAG